AGACUAGUGGUGAAUAUAUCCUGUAAACAGUAGACAUGGCGCCGGACGCAGCGUUUUCAAAUAUUAGCGAUAAAAACGAAUUCACAAAGUUCACUAAGUUCUUAGCGUAUAAGGGGGUACAAGUCAUCGUCGAAUCGCGCAAAGGUAUCAAGAUAGAACCCAAUACGAAACCACAUUCGUCGGACACAGACUGGUUUAAUCUACAAAUUCCAGAUUCUCCUGAAGUAAACCAAGCGACAAAAAAUGCGCUUCCUUCAGAUAGAAUACUAGAAACAAUCAGAUCACAUCUUAAUGUCGAAAUAUCCGUGCAAACUGAAGACGGUGAUGAAAUGGUCCUCGAGUUGUGGACGCUAGGUUUAGAUGAAACUCAGUUUGAUACUUCGUUGAAAGCUAUGAACACAGUUUAUUUCAGAAUGGGAAUUUUGUUGAAGUCACUUAUCACAAUUACGAGGAUAACCCCCGCGUAUCAUUUAUCAAGGAAACAACGGACGGAAUCAUUUACGAUCUUCUAUAGAGUAUACAGCGGUGAGCCAAAGCUAAAUGCCUUAGGUGAUUCUGUAAAGAAAGUCCAAGCUGGUAUGCUUAAAACACCACUGGGCGGGCUUGGCUUUACCGUAUCUUACCGAACUAACUUUUCCAUAUCACCAAACCGAUCAGAGAAGAAUAAGGCAUUGUUAUUGAAGAGUGAUCACUUUGAACUAAGCCCAAAACACGUUAUCUUCGAAACGAAAAAGAAAAAAGAGCCCAAAUCACCACAACCCGUAGACCUGAAUAAACCGCUCAGAUUGGCCGCUUUUGUUGAUGAAAUAUUAUUAGAGCAAGCUAUAAGAGAAUUCCUGGAGAAAAUACCUAUUCCAAAAUGUAGAGUUAGACCUAACGUCACAUUGAUAAUUGAAGAUAAACCUGAAUGUAAGAGCACUCAGGAAUUAGACAUGAGUGUUAUUUCAAAGAGUCCAACGUCAUUGGAGAUGCCGCCUAAAAGAUUUCCCGGAUUCAGGAGUGAAAAUGAACCACCGUUAAAACUGCUCUGCUUUCCAUUCGCUGAUAACCAUCCUAUACGCGAAUUAGCAGAAUUUUACAAAGAUUUCUUUAACGCGCCACACUUAAAAUUAUCCGAUUAUAGUACUGCGUUUAAAGAAGAAAAAGUCGAAAUGACUACCGAAGAUUUUUCUGAAGACCUUGCUAAGCAUGAGAGUUCUCUUAUCGAAUUUGAUAGAUUAGUCGAUGACAUGUGCAGAUCGGCUGAAUGGAGUGGAAAUUGAGGUGUUGGAAGACUGAUAUAUUAGUAUGAAAUGUUAUGGGAUAUAAAAUAAAGUUUAUGAUGGUUUAAUAUUUUUGUCCUUUGGCCCUUGACGUACCUGAAAAUUAAAUCUUUGUAGAAAAGUUGUCUUAGAUUAUUGCGUAUUUUUUAAAGAAUUUAAAACAUUCCUGCUCAUAAUAGUUCCUUACUCAGUAUUUUCAUAUGUUGAGUUGAAAUUUUUAAAGUGAUUUUCUCAGUGAUGUGAAAGUAUCCAAAGUAUACAUAAAUUUAAAAUUGUCAAAUUGAAGACUGAAAACCAAAGUGAGUGGAGUACAGGGGAUAAGAAUUUUUCUAAGUUUAUUUUAAUAAUACUAUAUGUUCUUUGUUAAUAAAUAACUUCUGUGUGGACGAGUAUUUACUUUUGGUUAAUAACUUUGUCAAUAUAUUUAUAGAGUAUUGAAAAACAUACUCAAACAACUAAUAUUGUGUUUUAAAAUAAUUCAAAACCUAAAUAUAAUAUAUGGAGUCCAAAUUCAAUAUGGAAAAUGUCAACUGUCCCAAACUCUAGUGGCGCCAUCUAUACCCUUAGCCUUUCGCUCCUAUUGUAUGCAAAUAGCUCUACAUAAAAUUAAUGCAAUAAAAAAGAACAUAUAGUACAACCAUGUUUAAUUUAAAAUUAAUAAGUGAUCGUCGCCUUGCCUCUCGUUUUAGUCAUUACGAUGCGUUUCAAAUAAAAACAAGUGAAGUUUAGUCAUAUCUGUAGUUAUGUGUUUCUAUUUUAGUACGCUGAAAAAGCAUUAAUAUUUAAUUAAAUACAUUAUCGAUUUUUCUAAGAUACCCUGAGGUCAUCUAUGCUUAUUUGAAGCGCAUAUUAGUACAUAUAACUAAUUAAAUAUCGAUAAGAAUUUUUUUUUUCUAAAGUAUUGUUAUGUAAAUACAUAUAAUUUUCAUCUGAGGCACUAUUAACAUUAUAUUGAUCUUAUGCCUAAAGUAUAAUGAGAGUGCAAUAAUAAAUGUUUUUUUAGUUUCCUUAUGAAGUUGUUCGUAGGUCAUUUCAAACUGUCUAUGUGAUAAAUGGCUUUUUUCAAAUAUUGCUCUAAACAUGCCCUUUUAACGCCGGAAAAGAGUAGCGGGCAUAUUGUAUGUGGGGCAGUGUAGAAGAACAAUGCGUGCCCAUACUAACGCUAGUUACUAGUUAGUAUUCUGUGCCCAUACACGAUGUCUAUAGCGCGCCAACUCGACACGAAUUUUCGCGCGCAAAUGUAGCUCCAGAAUUUUAUUUUUUAAAUAAAGAGAGUUUAAUGGUUUUAUUUUUAAAUAAUGACCAUAAUAUCGAAUGUUUUUUUUUGUAUUUCGGCCACAUUUUUAAUUUUUCGCGAACAAUCAAUUUUCAAGUAUUCAUUAUGCAAUACAUCAAGAGAUGAUUCAGGAUCCGGUGGCCAUUCAAUUCGAAAUAUUAUUUUGUCUCUAAAAAUUAUUGCUCAUACUUUUACAAUAAUUCUCACUUAACUACCUACGUAAAUACUUAAUAAUGUUACAUAAUUAUUGUAAAUAGUGUACAAUACAAUAUUAUAACCAUAUACUUAUUCUCACGUUUUCUGAUUUAUUGUUACUUGUGUGUCUGUAAUAAAUACCUAAUAGAGCAUAUUAUUUUAAACAAGACGUAUGUUAACUGCUAUUUCAAUUUUAUAACGCUUUGAUGUUUAGUAUAUCUCUGUACUAGAAAUCUUUAUGUAUUAAUUCGGAUAAAUGUAACACAGUACUUAAUAGAUGAAGAUAAGUUGAGUUGAUAAAAGCAAAA